UGCAAUUGGGGGGGUUGAAGGGCGGCAUUUGUUAUUGAUAUCGGUAUGGCGUUUUCGGUUGGGGUUGAUAGAAGUUGGGUAUUGGUAUACUCUUUGGGUAGUAUGGUUAAUUUAAGGUUGGUUCAGCGGCUGAAACCACUUCUUAUUCCCUCGAGGUUCUAUAGCAUUCGUGCUAUUCUAUAUAUUUCUUUCCCCGCAGCCGAAGUCUAUAUAAUUCGACAGUGCUUUUGCGUCCUGGGCACUUCAGACUACCUUCUUACCUUUUCAACAAUCUGCUAAACUCACUCUUGUCACCUUCAUACUCUUGACACGCCUCGAUCUUACCUCUCACUUCUUGCUUCCUAAGAUCUUCAGGCUACCUUUUCAAUAACACUCUCGAUUCAUCCUCCUCACAUUUACAUUUUCGGCGGGCCUCGAUCUUGUCUCGAUCUUUUACUUUCACAUCACUUCUGGCUACCUUUUCAGCAAACCUCCCCAUGCUCCUCGCCGCCUUGCACCUUUAACAAACCUCGAUCUUCACUUGACAUACUAUCUAUUUUGUCAACUUAUAUCAGCUCACCACAUCAUCAGAGCCUCAAACCUUGAAGAUGGCAUCCGAAUCACCACCGCCACAAUCGCAGAAGGGAGCAUCCGAAUCGCCACCACCACCGCCACAGUCACUGAAGGGAGAACUAUGGGAUACAGUUCCAAAUACCCUUCUUGCCCGCGAAGCCAUCAAGCGAGUCGAUCUUAAGGAAUGUAAUCUUACAGACGACGCCAUCAUGAAGAUUCUCGUCAACAAGAGCGAAAGGACCAUCACCGGCGCCAAUAUCUGGAGAUUCAACGAAAAUGUAUUCCUAAAGGGUGGGUAUCUCAAAUCCAGGCACAAAGGAAGAGGCGCGCCGGCACUGGCACCGGAUGGAACUGUUAUGACUGUGCUCGCUGGCGCACAUCGUACUACGAAGAUCCUUCUACACGGUGGAGAUCUCAGCUUGCCUGUUGGAGAAUGGACCAUCGAGAACUAUCAGGCCAGGAGUGACCACCCUAACUACAACGAGUGGCUUUCCAAGAUCAAAUGGACGACUGCUGAUGCACUGCGUGCGGGCAUUCCUUUGGCAUCCAUUAACGCUACAGUGACCAUUCCGGCCAAGCAUGUGCAGCAAACUCCAAGUGAGCCGGAAAAGAAUUCAGACGCUCUUCGGGAGAAGAAGGAAGAUAGCCCCCAACUCAACAACACCGAUGGUCUCAGAAAUGAAGUUCAGCCCGACAACACUAACGAUUCCAUGAAUCAAAGUCAAGAGAACAGAACUGCUUCUCAUUCGGUGACGCCGCCAGAAACUCCUUUGGAAGAAACCCCUUCUGAGUAUGCCACGUUACCUUCUACCUAUUCAGAGAUCACGACAUUAAACUCUGCAACUCCAGAGCCUUCUCCAGGAGCGAACCGUUCGGAAGUUUAUGCUUCAGAGCCCGUUGCUUUCAAGCCCGCUGCUUCAGAAUCCGUGACUUCGGAGCUUCCCAUUGCAGAGCUUGCUCCUUCGGAGCCUACCAUUUCAGGGCCUGUUACUUCGCAACUUAUUACUCUAAAGCCUGUCACUCCACAGACUGCUACUUCAGAGCUCGCAGUUUCCAAGCCCACGGUUUCCGAGCCCGUAGUUUCCGACCCCGCGGCUUCAGAGCCUGCAGAAUCAGACCUUGCUGCUUCUGAACCAGCAACUUUAGAGCCCGUUGUUUCAGAGACUGCCACUUCACGUCUUUCUGUUUCGAAGCUCGUUUCUUCAGAACCCGCAGCUUCAGAUCCCGCCGCUUCUGAGCCCAUUGCCUCGGAGUCUACUACCUUCGAGUCCGCAACUCUAGAGCUGGUGACUUCCGAGCCCGUUGUUUCAAAGCCUACAGUUUCAGAGUCCGGUGCUCUACAGCCUGUUACUCCGGAGUUCACUAUUCCAGAGCCUACUACCGUAGAAAGAAGUGCUUCAGAACCCGUUACUACUAGGCCAACAGCUUCAGAGCCUGAGCCCGCUGCUCUAGAACUCGUUGCCUCAAAGCGCGCUGCUUCAGAACCGAUUCCUUUAGAGUCUUUUGCUUCCAUUAGCAUCGGAUCUAAAAUAAAUUCCCCAGAGGUUCCAAAACCCAGUAUCAUGCAGAGCCAGGCGCCAGCUUCAGUUCAGAAGCAAUCUGCUUCACCAGAUCCAGCUUUGAUGAAGACGGGACCUAAAUCUACUGUGGGAUUGGGCAUUGAUACAGGUUCGAUAGAGCAAACAACCCCAAAACAUUCCGUAUCAAUGUUUCGUCAACAGUCCAACCCGAGACAGCGCUCGUUGGAGAUUCCGGAAACACCACCACCAUCGGCUCACCAUCCUGUGAAUUCGGAGACUCACAUGCCUCGAGAGCGAACUCCGGCCAUUUCACCGGAGGCUAGCGGAAUGAAAAACAACCAUGCCACCAGGUCUACUGAGAGAUCUAAUUUACAUUCUCAUGCAACUACUCAGCCUGCUUCUGUAACUAAUCAAGAAACCUUGUCUCGAACCCCGCCGCCGACGCCAGCCUCAAAUGGUCCUUUAAAGCGGAAGGCGACCGAACCACUUGACCGAUUGCUUACCUUCUACGUCGGUGAUGGCAAGCCAGAAGACAUGGAAACUUUCAACUUCAGCGAACACAAGCUGGGUGAAAACGCACCUGAGUUCUAUGAACAGUUUAAGGGCACCGGCAGACGCGUCAAGAAUGCCAAUGGCCUUGUGUACGACAUCGUCGAGCAACCGAAACUAUUCGAAGCUAUGUUGCACUGGAUCGACAAGAGAAAGGUGAUGACGAGACCAUAUUUCGCACCUUACGAUCUGGAGUGUUAUUACCUCGACCUCUAUGUCGCAGCAGUGAACUACGAGCUUCCUGGCUUGUGCAAUGCUGUCAUCGACAAGCUCUAUGAUUGGCACAGAAACAGUAUCGUCCAGUUUCAGAUGAUUGACAAGGUGUAUCUGAUAACUCAACCUGGAGAUGGACUGCGAAGGUUUCACUUUGGUUGUAUGAUGGGUCUGACCACAGAGGAAUUCGAGAACACUUCUAUCGAACAGACUGGGGUGGUGAUAGAUCUGUUUGCGGUGUCAAAGGCGAAUUGGGGUGGCAUGAAGGCCAAGGAAGCUUACCAUGAUUCCCUGAGAUAGUGGGGAUAUUCUUCUCUCGCUAGAUGGCUGCUAUAUUGCAUUGCAACUCGCUGGAUGGGGGUCGAUCUUUCCAAACUGCGGCGCGCUCAACUAUCAGUUCGCAUUUCGUUUUCAUUUAGUCAUAAUGGAGUUUUCAAGUAUAUUAUAUCGAGGGACAUUCAGGCACUAAUCAAGAGAAAAGGGGUUUGGGUGUCGGUUCUCGGGGCAGUUUAAGAGCAACGUUUACUUUCAGUUAAGCAUCGUGGGUGGAGCAACGCAAAAUAUGGCCUUUUCAAGUAUAUAUAUAUUGGGCAAGCACAUGCUUUUGUUGAUCCAUAGUAUAUUUAUUUGAAUGGGAUCUAUAAAUUUCUCG